CGAAUUUCGAGCUUCGCUUUCCGCGGACGCGCGUGCCCGGCCAGCGCUUCUUAAUUUAAAAAUAAAACAAUUUUUUUUUCGCCCAGCAUUCCAGCAAAGCGCACGUAUUAUUCAGCCAGUGUUUUUUUUUCGUGUUACGCAUUGUGAUAUACCGUUUUAAGUGUAAAUGGGUGGUGAGAAUUCUUCCCCAUUAAUAAAUAAUGUUUAAAAAUAGUGUGUACGGUUUACGUAGAUCGUGUGCAGGAAAGCUCGUCGUAUUUCGGUGACAUAUUGUGGUGACCUCGAGUUGCGUGACAUUCAUUUUCGCGGUAUUUUUUCGAAACAGUGAAUAAUACUUUUGUAGUCAUAAGUUUAUAUUGGAUUUGGAUUGAGUGUUGAACUUUAUGAGGUGAAGAUGGCAGAACAACCACAAGCAACCGGCGCAACCACACCAGACGUAGAAGCCCCGGACACAGGGCAACCAGCGCCGCAACCCAAAAAACCGCCCCGGCCGAGAGGAAAAGCGCAACCAGAAAAACCCAAGAGAAGCCUCCUCUGUUUGGAUUUGAAGAAUCCGUUGAGAAAGUUGUGCUAUGACAUAGUUGAAUGGAAACCGUUCGAGUACAUGAUCCUGACAACAAUCUUCGCCAACUGCAUCGCUCUAGCUGUGUUCACGCCCUAUCCGUCUGGGGACACGAACAACACUAACCAGAUAUUGGAGAAGGUGGAGUGGGUAUUCAUGGCCAUAUUCACGGCAGAGUGCGUGAUGAAGAUCAUAGCCUACGGGUUCCUCUUCCACCCUGGAGCCUACCUGCGGAAUACCUGGAACAGUCUCGACUUCCUCAUCGUCACUAUUGGAAUAGCAACUCAGGUGCUUCAGCAUAUAUGGAAAGAUCUCUUCGACGUCAAAGCUUUGAGAGCCUUCAGGGUAUUGCGGCCUCUGCGACUAGUGUCUGGGGUACCGAGUCUCCAGAUCGUGCUGAACUCCAUCCUCAAGGCCAUGGUGCCGCUGUUCCACAUCGCGUUCCUGGUGCUCUUCGUCAUCAUCAUCUACGCCAUCAUCGGCCUGGAGCUGUUCUCUGGCCUGCUGCACAAGGCUUGUUUUGUCAAUGGCACUGACAAUAUGGUGGAUGAUCCUGCUCCCUGCUCAAGCGAAAAGGAUGUCGGCAAGAACUGCGAUGAGGGUUUCGAGUGCAGGGAGUACUGGAACGGGCCCAACUUCGGCAUCACGAACUUUGACAACAUCGGCUAUUCCAUGCUCACUGUCUUCCAGUGUAUCACCCUGGAAGGCUGGACUGAUAUUAUGUACGCUAUUGCAAAUGUGAAAGGAAACACUUGGGUGUGGAUUUAUUUUAUCACAUUGGUCAUAUUUGGCAAUUUUUUCGUCAUGAAUCUUAUUCUUGGUGUGUUGUCUGGAGAAUUCUCAAAAGAGAGAGAGAAAGCAAAAAAUCGAGGAGAUUUUCAGAAGUCAAGAGAGAGACAGCAAUUUGAAGACGAUCUCAAAGGGUACUUGAAUUGGAUCACAGUAGCCGAAGAGUUGGAUCUGGAGAAUGAUCAGGGGCAGAAAGAGGAAAACCAAGAUUUACAAGGAAACAAGAAAGAACGCAGAGCUAUUGAUGACUCUCAAAGUAAUAUUAAUGGUAACGGCGAUCAUCCUCAGAUAACAACAUGCAAGAUGUACUGUCGGAGAUUUGAUAAAGUGAAUCGUCGUAUGCGUAGAGCAUGCCGGAAAGCUGUGAAGUCCCAGACCUUCUAUUGGGCCAUCAUCGUGUUGGUUUUCUUAAACACUUUGGUUCUGGCGACGGAACAUCACGGACAACUCGCAUGGCUUGAGGAGUUCCAGAACUGCGCAAAUUUUUUCUUCGUGGUUCUGUUUACUAUGGAGAUGCUAGUCAAGAUGUACGCACUGGGGUUCCAAGGUUACUUCGUGUCCCUGUUCAACCGCUUUGACUGCUUCGUCAUGUUCUGCUCUAUCGUGGAGUUAGGCUUCACCGUCUCUGGCACCAUGCCGCAACUUGGUAUCUCCGUGCUGCGAUGCGUGCGGCUGCUAAGGGUCUUCAAGGUCACUAAGUACUGGCGCUCCCUCUCCAAUCUCGUCGCAUCUCUUCUUAACUCUAUCCAAUCUAUAUUUUCUCUCCUUCUCCUGUUAUUUCUCUUCAUCGUUAUCUUUGCGCUGCUCGGAAUGCAAGUUUUUGGCGGCAGGUUUGACUACGAUCCUAUGGAGCAAAAGGAAAGACAUAAUUUUGAUUCUUUCUGGCAGGCUGUACUCACAAUGUUCCAGAUUCUUACCGGCGAGGACUGGAACGUAGUCAUGUACCACGGCAUCAAUGCUUACGGAGGCGCCGGUUCACCAGGAAUGUUGGCCUCUAUAUACUUCAUUGUUAUCUUCAUCUGUGGUAAUUAUAUCCUACUGAACGUGUUCUUGGCUAUUGCUGUGGAUAAUUUAGGCGACGCCGAAGAAAUGGAUGCACAAGAAAUUAUUAAAGAAAAAGAGGCUGCUGAAAACACCGAAGCAGAGAAUCUUCAAUUAGAUGAAGAGAGAGGAGAAACUGAUGAUGAGUAUGUCAACGAAGAAGAAGGGUAUUCAAGUGAAGGCCAAAAAUACAAGGCCUAUAAAAGAGUGGCAGGAUCUGAACACGAAUAUGAGGAAACUGGAUCAGAAGAAGAUAUGGAACAAGUGGAUGAAGCAGAUGUUAACGAUAUUUUAGUCACUACUGAGAAAAAGGAAAAUGGCGAUAUACUGAAAGCAGAAUCGCCAACGCCUAAAGUGUCGGCUCGACCGCGUCGAUUAUCAGAAGUGGAGAUCAAAACAGAGGAGAAGCCUAUACCAGAUGGAAGCAGUUUCUUCAUAUUUUCUAAAACUAAUUGGUUCCGUGUGACAUGUUACAAAAUCCAGAACAAUUCCUGGUUUAGGAACAUGAUUCUGCUUUGUAUUUUGGCAUCGUCUGUCAUGUUGGCAAUGGAAGAUCCUGUUGGGAAGAAGGAAUAUGAGACCAUGAGUGAGAUUCUUCGGAAAAUCGACUACUUCUUUACAGCUGUAUUUACUUUAGAAUUGCUAUUGAAGCUUGUAACAUACGGCUUCAUCCUCCACAAGGAUUCCUUCUGCAGAUCUGCUUUCAACCUCCUCGAUCUUCUUGUCGUGAUUGUUUCCCUCGUCUCUGUUAGUGGAUCAAAAACGGUAUCAUCCAUCAAAAUCUUGAGAGUGUUUCGAGUUCUCAGACCUCUUAGAGCCAUCAACAGAGCUAAAGGAUUGAAGCACGUAGUUCAGUGCGUGAUCGUUGCUAUUAAAACGAUAGGCAACAUUUUGCUGGUGACAAAUCUUCUACAAUUCAUGUUCGCUGUAAUGGGGGUGCAAAUGUUCAAGGGAAAAUUCUAUAGAUGCACAGAUAUAACUAAAGUAACGUCUGUUGAGUGUCAGGGCACGUAUUUGGUAUAUAAAAAUGGGGAGCUCAAAAUCGAGAAUCGGCAGUGGGUGAACUACAAAUUCAACUUUGACAACGUCCUCAGAGGAAUGUUGACUUUGUUCACUGUAUCCACUUUUGAGGGUUGGCCAGGGUUGCUGUCUACUUCAAUGGACUCCAAUUUAGAAAACCACGGUCCAGUGGAAAAUUCCAGGCCAUUGGUUGCAUUUUUCUAUAUUAGCUACAUUAUUGUCAUAGCAUUCUUCAUGGUAAACAUUUUCGUCGGUUUCGUCAUAGUAACGUUCCAAAAGGAAGGUGAACAGGAGUUCAAGGAUUGUGAGCUUGAUAAGAACCAGAGAAAUUGUAUUGAGUUUGCUUUAAAAGCUAAACCUGUUAGAAGAUACAUUCCAAAGCACCGCAUCCAAUAUAAGACGUGGUGGUUCGUGACGUCGCAGCGGUUUGAGUACGUCAUAUUCUUCUUUAUCGUCCUGAACACCGUCGCCCUCAUGAUGAAGUACCAUGACGCUGAUAUUAAUUAUAAGAAGGUCCUCGAUUAUUUAAACAUGCUUCUUACAACGGUGUUCAUGUUAGAGUUUGUGUUCAAACUAUCGGCAUUUAGAUUUAAGAAUUACUUCGGCGACGCUUGGAAUACCACUGAUUUUAUUCUGGUGGUCGGUAGUAUCAUUGACAUUGUUGUUACACAAGUUAAUGAAAAUAGAACAGAUCUCAGCAUCAUUACCCAAAAUAAAGAGGGUAGCUUAUUGAAAUAUAUCACAUUCUUCCGUCUGUUUCGAGCGAUGCGUCUCAUAAAACUACUCUCAAGAGGCGAAAGGAUCAGGACAUUGCUGUGGACUUUCAUCAAGUCUUUUCAAGCUCUACCUUACGUUGCCUUGUUGAUUGUGUUGUUGUUCUUCAUCUACGCUGUCGUAGGCAUGCAGUUAUUCGGUAAAAUAGCAGAGGACGGUGAAGUUAUUACAUCAAACAACAACUUCCAAACAUUUGGUGGGGCAUUGAUGGUACUAUUCAGAUCAGCUACAGGUGAAGCAUGGCAAGAGAUAAUGAUGGCAUUAUCUCCCAAUGAAGAUGAACGUCCAGGGGAGCCCCCCGGCUGUAUUCACGCAGACAACUACAAUGCAACUGAUGCGGACGACAACAACUGUUCUAGUAGACUCGCGUACCCGUAUUUUAUAUCUUUCUCUUUGCUUUGUACAUUUCUGAUCAUCAACUUGUUCGUGGCCGUCAUCAUGGAUAACUUUGACUACUUGACGAGGGACUGGUCUAUUCUUGGGCCUCAUCACUUAGACGAGUUUGUGAGGCUAUGGAGUGAAUACGACCCUGAUGCCAAAGGGAGGAUCAAACACUUGGACGUCGUGACCUUACUACGAAAAAUAAGUCCACCAUUAGGUUUCGGCAAGCUGUGCCCGCACAGGACGGCGUGCAAGCGGCUGGUGUCCAUGAAUAUGCCGCUCAACUCUGACGGUACUGUGAACUUCAAUGCUACGUUGUUUGCUGUAGUAAGGACGCAGCUGCAAAUCAAAACUUCAGGAGUAAUAGACACGUGUAACACUGAGCUACGAGCAAUCAUCAAGAAAAUCUGGAAGCGUACUUCUCCGAAGCUUCUAGAUCAAGUGGUGCCACCUCCUGGGGAUCCAAAUGAGAUCACAGUUGGUAAAUUCUACGCGACAUUCCUCAUCCAGGACUACUUUAGAAGAUUCCGCAAGAAGAAAGAGCAAGAGGCAAUGAAGAACAACCAGAUGACCUUGCAAGCUGGUCUUCGAACCUUGCAUGAGGCUGGACCAGAGUUAAAGAGAGCUAUAUCCGGGAACUUGGAUGAGGUUGUCACGGAAAUGGUGGAGCCUAUGCACCGGCGUAACCAUACCUUGUUCGGCGCAGUGUGGACCAGUAUCAAGAAGGGGCGGGAGAGCUUCUACCGACCUCCGAUACCGAAAAAGCCUAAAGGUCCCAUGAAGAACAGUCAGUCACUGAGCGUAAUGAUGCAGAGAGAACUUGGCUUGGACGGGAAACUGCCACCAGACGAUGACGUGAGUAAGCAAGAGGACGGGAACCAGAGUGACGGAGACGAGGAGAUAGCCAUGCAGCCGCUCCUACACGGCAAGGACUCGGAGAGGAUAUUCAAAGCUAUCGAACAAACGUCGAACGAUUUAAUCCAGAGUAUGAGAAAGAGCUAUCGUGACAGGACGCCAAGACAGAACCUCGAUGUGCCAUAUUGUGUAGAGAAUCCAGCAGAGAACCUUAUUACCCGAGUGCUGACGGCGCAGGGGCUGGGCAAGUACUGUGACCGCGAGUUCGUGGCCAGCACGGCGCGAGAGAUGCAGGACGCGCUUGACCUUACGCAGGAGGAAAUGGACACCGCUGCCAACCAAAUAAUAUUGCAAGAGCGAAGAUAUAACGGUGAAGAACCUGCCAACGUGGUCAAUAUAUUGUCUGGGAGAUACCAUCCCUUCCACCAGCCACCGGUCCAGUCUCCGAGAAUGAAAUAACGGGUAUAUUUGUGUUCUGUUUUGGUUCCCAGUUCCCACCUGCACGGUUGACAACCGUGCGGGUUUGUGCCCUUUUUGGGCUUUUUUUGCGCUUCGGCUUUGAGGCAAGAGGCGGGAAGAUUUUUUUGUGGAAUAUUUUAGGUAUUUUUAGCCUUAAAAGUCAGUUUUGAGGGUGUUUUUAAAUUUGCUUCAAGUGACACUAAAAAUAUAUUAAAAAUUUAGGAUUGUUAGGUAUGAUUU